GUUAGGUAGAUUGCUGUUCCAAUGGUUUACACCUCUGGUGAUCCUAAACGCACAUGUCAGGGAUUAAUUUCAACAUACUUAAUAAGGUUGACUUGUGAAUAAACAUGCUUAGGAUAAUAACAUAAUUGUGUUGAGUAUACCAAAGGGCAGUGCAGUUUCACAUACUAAUUAUUCUUGCAGAUCUGGAUUCCUCUCAAAAGCUUAGGUUUUAUGGCUCUGUUCCACCUUUAUUUCAACCUAGUCUUGAUUUUUGGGCAAGGAUAAGGUAGAUUUAUCUCUUGAAUCAGCUAGGACUAUGAUAAUGUUGAACACUAGAUACAGUACCGUGAAAGAUAAAACCCAGAAAUGGAUCGGAGCAGUGAUUACUACUUUUUUCAUGGCAUUCUUGGGAGAACUGUGAAAAUCACUCUGAAAUGUGGCACAUUCCAGGGCGUUUUGCAACAUUUGGAUUCCAGCCAAAGUAUCUUUCUAAAUAAAGUUAAGAACUUGGAAAGUGGCAGACUGAUACCAGGAGUAAAGAUGUUUUUUGGCCAUGAAAUUAUUAAUGUGGAGUUACUUGAUGAUGUAGAACAGGCUGCAGAAGAAAAAACAACUGCCAUUAAGUGUAGAGAAGUUCCAACUACCGAAAUGUCUGUGGAAGGCAAAGGAAGAUCAUUGACACCAAAUCCCCAGGAGCCUGAAGCUGAUUCCCAAGAGAGACAAGAGUUCAGGUUGAAUACCAUCAAAUAUGCCUUUGCAGAAGACCAGAGGGAUGAUGAAUAUGUUGUUGUUGAUCAAUUCCAGAAGAAGUUUGGUUAUGCAAUGAUACACAUUAAAAAGCAAACUGUGUGCAGUAUAGCAGCAGAGGGUGUCAAUUUGUGUCGUUACGGGAAACUGUCUUGGCUGCAAGUUGCAACAAGAAGCCAGGUUUUCUUAUUUGACAUUUUUCUUCUGGGACCUCGAGUAUUCAAGAAUGGACUCAGGAUAAUACUGGAAGACCAAAACAUUUUAAAAGUUAUUCAUGACUGCAGGUGGCUUUCUGAUUGUCUUUCUCACCAAUAUGGAAUUUUGCUCACUAAUGUCUUUGACACACAGGUUUCUGAUGUCUUGCAGUUCUCAAUAGAAACAGGUGGAUUUCUUCCACAUUGCAUUAGCACUUUACAAGAGUGCUUAAUGCGAUACCUGGGGAUGUCACAAAAGCAAGUCUCUUUCAUGGAUCUACGGCAGCGUGAGAUUGAAGGAAAUCCUGAGGUAUGGUUUACGAGACCCCUUCCACCUGCCCUGUUGAACGUGUUAGCUCUGGAAACAGUGUACCUCCUCCCUCUUCGCCUGAUGCUGCUUGAUGAAAUUAUGUCUGAUUUAACAACUUUGGUGGAUGGAUACCUUAAUGCAUUUCGGGAGGGAUCUGGACAUUCCCUGGGAAAUACAGAGAUUUCCUCUAUGGCGCUACCACAAGAGCUAAGACAACUGAUAAAUUUUCACAAAAUUCGGAGAGAGAAUGCCCUGAAGAAAUUCCAACUGAAUGAGGAAGGUCUUCUCAUCAGAAAACAUGUAGUGCCUGUAGGGGAAAAGAGAGAACAGGAAGAAGGAAACAAAAAUUGUGACACUGACUUAAUUCCUUCCAAUAAGAUAGUCUCCUCUAAAAUACACAGUGCCGAUUGUCUCCAUCCCUGCGAUCCAGUUGUUCCCAAAAGUUCUCCAAAAGUGAAGCAGAAGGCACAUCGCUGUGAUAAUCAGGGACAUACAAUUGGAGGUAAUGUAGAAUACAAAUUGGAAACAAGAGAUCCAGCUUGUUGUAAAUCUACAACCUUCAAGCCGCAAAAGAUUCCUAGGUCUUUGGAAGAGGAAAUCAGUCAAUUAUUGACAGAAAAAAAAGGAUGAAGAAACCCAAGGUCCUGCUGUUUCUGCCUCUAUACCUCCAAGAAAUAACUAUUCUCCUCAGUUCUCAUUUCAUGGUGGAAGAUUGCCUUUGCCUCCUGUAAAGCCAUCUUGUCAAACCUUGUCAAACAAUACUCUCUAUCAAAAGCUUUCUUUUCAAGAAACCCAAAACCACCAUCCACCUGGUCCCAUAAGUCCUAAAAGGAAAGAAAUUGAUAUUCAUUUUGCCUUGCCUCAUGGCUUCAGCUGCAGACCACCAGCCCCAAAUUCUGUAGGAAAAUAAGAACUAAUUUCAUUAGAAUUCAAGAUUUCUAUUGAACAUAAAUCUGGAGUGGGUGGGAGCAGAAAUCUUAUUUUGUUAUUUAGAAAAAAUGACAUGUAAAUUAAAUUUGUUAUUGGCAUUCUCAAAGUAAACUCAGGUUCUUUGUUAAAUCAGAGUACAAGUGUCUUUAUAAAGAUCAUACUCAUCCUGAGACUUUUCUGUUUUCCUAACCCUUGUUUAUAAUGUGUGAAUGGUUUAGAAUUACUAUUAUUGGUUAUAAAUUUGGAGAUCAGUCAUGUACUUGACCUAAGUGCAACAUUGGCUGAUUGUUACAUAUUAAUCAAGGAUAGUUAAUUUUCUUACCACACAGUAUUUGCAGCAAGGCAUUUGAGAAAAGCUUUCCAUUUUGGUGUAAUUAUCCCUAGAAAAGAGAUGUUGGAGUGUAACUUGUGUCAUUCACUAUUAUCGACUGUGCUGUCUAUGGGUUGUGUUAGUUGGGAGUCCACUACAGGUUUCCCAACCCUGCUAUAGAGAAAGACAGAAACAUUUGUAUUGUGCAAACUAUUCAUAGAUAGCAGUCUUAUUUCUACCUCAUACCUUUAAUAUGUAGGGAACAGCAAGGUGCUUUUUCUAGCAAAAUCAUCUGAUCCUUAGCCAUCCACUUAACUCAAUUGGAUAUAGAUCAAAAUCUGUAGACAUAAGAUAAUAUGACAAUUGCAAUUUGAUUAUGCAGUGCUGUUGUUAACUGUUCUUGAGUUGGCCCCACCUCAUGGUGACCCUGUGGAUAAGGCAUCUCCAAGACUCCCUGUUCUCCACUGCUCUGCUUAGGUCCUGCAAAUUAAAGUCAGUGACCUCCCUGUUUGAGUCUAUCCAUCUGGCGUGUCGUCUUCUUGCACUGUUGUUUUCUAUGUUCCCUAGAAUUAUUGUCUUUUCUCAUGAGUUAUGCCUUCUCAUAAUGUAAUGCACAGUGUCUUUUCAAAUCAGUGGAUGUUAAUUGAGUUUACAUUUUUGAAAGUUGCUUUUUGUUUGUAAAAUAAAGAAAGAUGAAGGCCUUCAGUUAAGUACACUAUUUUGAAACAGGCCAAACGUAGGGGCAGGUGAUUUUGAGCAAAUGUUUUGCAAAAUACAGAUAUAUGCAUGUCACAUAUAGGUAUAUUACACUGUGUUUUUGUCAGAGCUUUCUGUCCACAAAGCCUUUGCAGAGUUUAUGUUUGAAAUAAAAGUCUUUUGAUUCUUUA